AUGGAACUAUCGAAUUUUCUAUCGUUGAUCUGUAAUGAUAGUAGUGAUUCUUCAUCAAAGAUCUGGUUUGAUCAAGAUCUGUCACCUUGUUUUCGUAAAUAUGUUCUUGAGUUUGUUCUUUAUACGAUAACUCUCAUUCUUGUAUCGUACAAUAUUGGGCAACGUUUGAAAUGUUCAUAUCGUCUAUGGACACUUCCACUUGCAUUGAUUCGUUUUGGAUCAAGUUUAGUAUUGAUAACAACAUUUUCAUUCUAUUUCUAUGACUAUUUUUUUGCUAAUAAUACAAAAUAUCAAUGGAUUGAUGCUAUUAAUAUAUUGCUUAUUCUCAAUACACAUUUAUUUAUUUGUUAUUUUAAUUUCAACCGUAACCUUUAUCAUAAUAAACGUCCGAUGAAUUAUAUUAUUUGGAUGAUUAUAUUCUUUGUCAUACAGAAUUAUGACAUCUAUCGAAUUGUUAUUAAACAUUUGACAUUAAUUGAAAGUAUUUAUGUUAGUAUUAGACAAUCAUGUUUAGUUUUAAUAACUUUCGGCCUGUUAUGUAUUUGUUGUCACACGUGUGAUCAACCAAUGCCAACAGAACAUCCUGAAACUAAUGAAAGCCAAUAUUUCCUGCCAGAUACAGUUAUCAUACAAUCGAGAUGUCUUUUUCUUCCAUCAUCACAACAAGAAUCAUCACAUGUAAUUAAUGAAGAUUCAGCUACUCUAACAGAACUAUUUACUUUUGCUUGGUUUAAUCCAUUGAUGAAACGUGGUUAUAAUUCAUUAAUUAUUGAUUUAAAUGAUCUUUGUUCAUUACCAUUUGCACUUUUACCAUUACGUUCAAGUGGCGUGCAACAUCAUCGUCGACUUUCUCGUGCACUUAUGAAAAAUUUUGGUCGAUCUUUUUUUCUACUUGGUAUUCUAAAAAUUCUUGGCGAUGGUCUUGCUUUUGGUGGACCUAUUUUUCUUAAUAAAUUAAUCAUUUACAUGGAAGAAUCAAGUGGAAGCGAACAGAAGGAUCGUGAUCUACGUCGUGGUCUUCUUCUUUCAAGUAUUCUCAUUGGAACCGUAGCUGUAGCAUCAUUUCUAAAUACGCAUUUUACUUAUCGUAUAAAUCGUUUGGGACUUCGUUCUAAAAUUUAUUUAUAUACACGUAUUUACUCGACAGCAACACAAUUAAAUACAUGUCAAAUGAAUACAUUCAAUAUGGGCGAAAUUGUUAAUUUCAUGUCAACAGAUUCUGAUCGUAUUGUAAAUUUUUUUCAAUCAUUCCAUGCAUUUUGGUCAUUACCAGUUCAAAUAGCCAUUGUACUUUAUCUAUUAUAUCAACAAAUUGGCUUGACAUUUUUAAUUGGUCUUGUUUUUACAAUAAUACUCAUACCAAUAAAUAAAUGUAUAGCAUCGAAGAUAGCCAAAUUAAGUCAAGAUAUGAUGUUGUAUAAAGAUGAACGUAUUAAAGUUGUUUCUGAAAUCAUAUAUGGUAUGCGUACAAUUAAAAUGAAUACGUAUGAAAAUUAUUUUUCUGAUCGAAUAAAUGAUAUUCGACAAAAAGAAUUACGCGCAUUACGUGGAAGAAAAUAUUUAGAUGCUUUUUGUGUUUAUUUUUGGGCAACAACACCAGUUCUCAUUUCUGUUUUAACAUUUACAACGUAUACACUUCUUGGAAAUCAAUUGACACCCGCAAAGGUAUUUACCAGUUUGGCUUUAUUUGCUUUACUUAUUUCUCCUUUAAAUGCAUUUCCAUGGGUAAUUAAUGGAUUAGUUGAAGCAAAUGUAUCAUUAAAACGUGUUCAGCGUUUUAUGGAUAUUGAACCGAUUGAUUUUGAUGCAUAUUAUGAAAAUGUACCAAUUGAUCUUUUUCCAAUUUUGGAUCAUCGUUCAUCAUUAGAUAUUCGUAUAAAUCAAGCAAAUUUUUCAUGGAAUUCUACAGACUAUAUAGAAUCUGAUGAAAUCUCUUUGAAAAAUAUUGAUUUAACAAUUGUACGUGGUAGUCUUGUACUUAUUGUUGGUCGAGUUGGAAGUGGAAAAACGACAUUACUCAAUGGUAUUCUUGGUGAGUUAAAUAAAAUAAAUGGCUCAAUUAAUGUUCAUAAUGCGGUUGAAAAUGGAUUUGCUUUUGUUAGUCAAGAAUCAUGGAUUCAACAAAUGUCAUUUCGAGAUAAUAUUCUCUUCGGUAAACCAUAUAAUGAACAGUUGUACAAAAGAGUGAUUGAUGCAUGUGCACUCGAAAAUGAUAUUAAAAGUUUAGGUGCAGCUGGUGAUUUUAAAUUGGUUGGUGAAAAUGGUGUCACACUUUCUGGCGGACAAAAAGCUCGUCUUGCAUUAGCACGAGCUGUUUAUCAAGAUAAAGAUAUAUAUUUAUUAGACGAUCCUUUGUCGGCUGUUGAUGUUCAUGUUGCUCGUCAUCUUUUUAGUAAUUGUAUUAACGGUCUUCUUAAAUAUAAAACACGUCUGUUAUGUACUCAUCAAAUUCAAUUUAUGGAUCAAGCUGAUUAUAUUAUUUUAGUUGACAAUGGACGCAUUGUUCGAACAGGAAAACCAAAUGAAGUUCUUACAUCAGCCGAAGGCUUACUUUUAUCUAGUAAUCAUUCAUCUCAAACUAGUGUUGGAACGACAACACAUAAAUCAAUGAUCGAUAUUGAAGAGCAAGUUAUACAAGCAGAAACUGCUUUGGAAAAUGAAGCAGAACAAAGGUGUACUGGAACCGUCAAAUUUACUGUUUGGAAACGAUAUUUUGUUGCUGUUGGCAUUUUUCUUUCGUUUUCUAUCGUACUUUCAGUAUUUCUUAUGCAAGCUUCUCGAAAUGUCUUUGAUUGGUGGUUAUCAUAUUGGACAAGUCAUCAGUCAUCUUUACUCAAUAUAAAGAAUAUAACUGAUCAAACAUCUAAAAACUUUCUCAAUCAUAGCCUUGUGUCUAAUAUUGAUGCUCGACCAAUGUUCGGCUUUGCUACACAAACAGCUGACAAAGAUUUUAAACGUUUUUUUAUAAUUUAUGUUAGUCUAGCUAUUGCAAAUUCUCUCUUUACACUAAUGCGUGCUUUCACAUUUGCUUAUGGUGGCAUUGCAGCAGCUAGAAAAUUACAUAAAUCCUUACUGAAUAGUCUUUUAAAAUGUUCAAUAUCAUUUUUGGAUGCAACACCAAGUGGAAGGAUAUUAAAUAGAUUUUCAAGUGAUACGUGGAGUGUAGACGAUUCAUUACCAUUUAUAAUGAAUAUACUUCUAGCGAACAUGUUCUCAUUAUUAGGUACACUUGUAUUAUCGUGUUAUGGUUUACCUAAAUUUCUUAUUGUUCUUGUUCCAUUGGCUAUUUUUUACUAUUUCAUUCAGAAUUAUUACCGUUGGACAUCACGUGAAAUAAAGCGUAUAUCAUCUGUAUCUUUGUCACCAGUUUAUGCACAUUUUGGUGAAACUAUUUCGGGUUUAUCAACAAUCCGUGCUUUUCGUCAUGUAACACAAUUUGUUGAACAUAAUUUUCUCUUAGUAUCGAAUAGUAUUCGUGCGCAAUUUGCAUCUCUUAUUGCUGGCUUAUGGCUUAGUUUUCGUCUUCAACUGAUUGGUAUUGUCAUGGUUGCUGGUGUAUCAUUAAUUGGCGUUAUUGAACAUGUUUAUACAAUAGAAGGAUCAAAUCCAGCAUUAGUCGGACUUUCUUUAUCAUAUAUUUUAUCAGUUACGGGUCUUUUGAAUGGUUUAAUAUCAAGUUUUACAGAAACUGAAAAAGAAAUGAUCGGUGUUGAACGCGUUACUGCAUAUAUCGAUGAUUUACCCAAAGAAGAAGAAGACAAUGAAGAACAAUUCAUCAUUUUGAAUGAAGAAAGACAACAAAAAGGAGCAACAAUUGAGUAUCGUCAUGCUACUAUGAAAUAUAGUGUUGAUCAAAAAGUAGCACUCGAUAAUAUUACAUUUCAAAUACAAUCAAAUGAAAAAAUUGGCAUUGUUGGACGAACUGGUUCCGGUAAAAGUAGUUUAUUAGCAGUAUUAUUUCGUCUUGUAAAUUUGUCUGAUGGACAAAUUCUUAUUGAUAACGUUGAUACGACAACAAUGCGACGUCACACACUUCGACAAACUUUAGCAAUUAUUCCUCAGGAUCCAUUUCUAUUCAGUGGAACUAUUCGAGAAAAUCUUGAUCCUUAUCAACAUCAUACCGAUGAAGAAAUUCAUAGUGCAUUAGAAAAAUGUCAUCUAUUUGAUUUAGUUGAAACUUUAGGAAAUGACCUUAAUUCAAUGAUUGUUGAACGUGGUCGUAAUUUUUCUGUUGGUCAAAAGCAACUCUUUUGUCUUGCUCGAGCGCUUCUUCGCAAAGCUAAAAUUUUAUGCUUGGACGAAGCAACAGCUAAUAUUGAUAAUGAAACUGAUCGUCUUAUUCAAACAUCAAUUCGUGACGCUUGUUCGAACGUAACUGUAAUAACAAUUGCUCAUCGAGUUCAAACCAUUCUCGAUUCUGAUCGAGUCAUUGUUAUGGAUAGUGGUCGAAUCAUUGAAUUUGAUACACCGACAAAUUUACUUAAAAGUCCACAAUCAACAUUUGCUCGACUUGUGCGUCAGGCAAAAGUUUCGAUUCUAUCUUAA